CGUUUUGUUACACAUAUACCUUAAUCUUUAUGGUGUCUCUUUCCUCUCUUGAGAGAAAAAUAAGACUUUUGGGUCAUCCCACCAACCUUCCUUUCCUUUGAUUUGCAUGCAUAUCCACAAUUAAUACAACUCAUAUUCCUUCAAAUCUCAUACUAAAGCUUGAAUUUUCCCACCUGGAAAGAUCUGAGUAUCGCAGUUUCUUCAUCAUGGGUGUCCUUGGAACAAUGGUAAAUAUCACAGAUACGCGUCAAUGAGAGAAAUUGAAAGUGUGAUGAUCAACAGUGGCUAACGUAUUGGGUUUUAUACUCCUUCAUGACCCUCUUUGAGCUUUCCACUCAUGAGAUCCUUGCUUGGUUUCCCAUUUGGGGAUACCUGAAGCUUAUGUUUUGCAUCUGGUUGGUAAUGCCAAUGUUCAAUGGAGCGGCUUACAUAAAUGAGAAUUAUGUGAGGCAAUAUAUAAAGAAUAUUGGAAGAAGUUCCAAUUAUUCUGAGGAGUACAAGAAGGUCCUUCACAUGAUGACCUUCGAUGCAAGGAAAGCAGUUGAACGCUAUAUCGGUAGAUAUGGCCCUGAUGCCUUUGAGAGAGUAGUGAGAGCGGCUGAAAAAGAAUCAAAGAAGAGCUGAGUUAAUAGUGACUAUAUAUUUGACCAAGUUGGAAUGAACAUUGUGAAAUCGACACUUCUUUCUGUAUAUAUUUCAACAUGAAGGAGACGGAGUUUCAGAAUUAUUGUUUAAUUAAUUAAAUCAAAUGACGGCAAUUAUAAGAUU